GAGAAGCGCCUCGCACUAUUUAACUCUCAGUUCUGCCCGAAGCUACAGUCAGUGUCUGAUAAACGAUGGAGAACGUCUUCUCAUGUCGAGCGAGUAUUUAUUUGGACCAGGGAGGAAGGAAAUACAUGGAGGAUUUUGUCCAUAUUAAGCAGGAUGAUGAACCGAGUGAGGACGAGCUGAACGCUGCUGCGGCAGGGGAACAUGGCGAGGCGGAAGUGCACAAUGGCAGUGAUAAAGUUGAGAGGACAGGAGCGGUGGUGAGUGAGGAAUCAGGGGAUGAAUGGCUCUCAUCUACCACACAGCACAGAUCCAGCUUCGCUCCGUGUACAGAGGAAGGUGAUGGUGUGAACAGUGAGCGUGUUCGUGCUGUGGCUUUCUAUGCGGUGUUUGAUGGGCACGGUGGGCCGGACGCAGCGCGCUUUGCGCAGCAUCAUCUGUGGGAUCUGAUCAAAAAACAAAGAGGAUUCUGGUCCAGCGAUGAUGAGGAGGUUUGUGCUGCUAUACGAAAGGGAUUCAUUGCCUGUCAUCACGCCAUGUGGAAGAAACUGCCGGAAUGGCCGAGGACAGCAACCGGCCUCCCUAGCACAUCUGGAACAACCGCGAGCAUUGUUGUGAUACGGCGGGACCGUGUUUAUGUGGCUCAUGUUGGGGACUCGGCCGUGGUUAUAGGUGUCCAAGACAGUCCCAAUGAUCGGGUUCUUCGAGCUGAGGAAAUCACACAGGAUCACAAACCUGAGCUUCCCAAAGAAAGGAAGAGGAUUGAAGGACUGGGGGGCAGUGUAAUUAAGAAGUCUGGUGUUAAUCGGGUGGUGUGGAAGAGACCCAGACUCACUCACAAUGGACCAGUCAGAAGGAGCACAGUCAUCGACCAGAUUCCAUUCCUUGCUGUAGCUCGAGCUUUAGGUGAUCUGUGGAGUUAUGACUUUUACAGUGGGGAGUUUGUGGUUUCACCAGAGCCUGAUACCGCUGUCAUCAAGCUGGAUCUAAAACGUCAUCGUUACAUCAUUCUGGGCAGCGAUGGCUUAUGGAACAUGGUUUCGCCCCAAGAGGCAGUAUCUUUGUGUCAGGAAACAGAUAGGGCAAAGACUAGGUGUCAGAAAACAAGGGAACAUGUCUGUAGUGCUCAUGAGCUGGUGAGCCUGGCCCUUCAACGAUGGAGUCAACGGUUGCUUCGUGCUGACAACACGAGCGCUAUCGUCAUCUGCUUGGAGCCAGUAGGAAUAUUUUCCGAACCCUUACCUCCAUAUGAAGUUGUACAUAACCUAGAGGGAGCAAAAAGUUGCUCCACAGAUGACUCUGCCGCCAGCUCUUUACCCACGCAGGAGUCACAAGUGCCGUCACCUGUGUGUGAGCAGGAAUCACUGGGCCAAAAGAAAACUGGCAGUAAAACAGGCAGUAAAGAAUCAUCAGAAUCUUCUCCAUCAGAAUCUGACCUUCCAAACCAAGAUCCCAGUACUAAGAGUUUGAACCAUGGCAAGAAUAAUGACCCAGCGCUUAAAGGCAAGCGAAUGCUGGAUGAUCUCUCCAUACCCGCAGGCAAGAGGCAACGUCGUAGUCUUCCUCAGUCCUCUCACAGCAAUGCCUCAACGUGUACGUCCCGUCGGAGGUACAGCGAUCGGCCUUCACUGCGACGCGGGAACAGAAGUCAGAAGCAGUCUGAAAAAGUCCAAGGACUGUUACAGGAACAUGGAAAUACUACAGUCUGUGUAUGUUAACAUUCCUGUUGCAUGUGCUUUUAUGCACACACACUUCGAGUAAGCUACUGAGGAAACAAGCUCUAGUUAGGAGGAGUUAGGAGGUCGAACGUAAGAAUGAAAUGAUUCAUUUGUUCUCAAAAAGCAGUUGUAAUGAUGCAAUACAGCGUACUACUUUCCAUCUGACGCGUUCCUAUUUUUCUCUCACACGAUGUUAUCAAGGGUCUGUUACAUGCUUUUUAUCUGUAUCUUGUCACCUUAUCAACGAUGAUUUUCUAGGUUUGUUCUUGUAAUGCUGCAGUCCAAUCACAUUCACAUCUUGGGGCUUGUACUCAGUUGGGGUUGGUACACUUUAAGUUGAAGUAUUCUUGCUUUCUUCCGUUCGUCGUAGUGGAAGGAUGGCGAGUCAAAUUCAACAGAAGAACACAUAUCUUCCGGGAAGAUACUUCUCCACGCAGCUGACAUGUACAUAUGUAUUUUUAUACACUUUGUUUGACAGAACAAAGAAGGCACACAGUUUCUCCUAGCAUGAAAUCUAAAUCUUCUGUGGUUUUACCUCUGCAUACGUGCAAGAACUAUAUAUACACAUAAAGGUCAAGGUUUUUAAACUACGUUUUAGCAUUAUCCACCGUCUCCUGUUUUCAUUUUCCUGUAUUCGGUUUAUUUUAGAAAGUUGUUGAUUUUUUAUUUGUAAGAAUUUCAUGUGAAACUUAAGGUGCUGCUAUGUUUAA